AUGGGUCUCUCGGUCUCACGUCUCCUUUCCACCCUCUUCAAGAACAGGGAAAUGCGUAUUCUGAUGGUGCGACCUCCAGGCUACAGCACGCGCCAAGUUGGGCUCGAUGCUGCAGGUAAAACGACCAUUCUCUACAAGCUCAAACUCGGCGAGAUUGUCACCACGAUUCCUACGAUUGGGUUUAACGUCGAAACCGUGGAAUACAAGAACAUCUCGUUUACCGUCUGGGACGUUGGAGGCCAGGACAAGAUCCGCCCCUUAUGGAGGCAUUACUUCCAAAAUACUCAGGGCAUCAUCUUUGUGGUUGAUUCGAAUGACCGAGAGCGUGUGUCUGAGGCACGAGAGGAACUCCAACGGAUGUUAAACGAAGACGAGCUGCGGGAUGCCCUGCUUCUUGUUUUUGCCAACAAACAAGAUCUUCCCAACGCUAUGAACGCCGCCGAAAUCACCGAUAAACUUGGUUUACAAGCGCUUAGGCAGCGGACAUGGUACAUUCAGGCUGCAUGUGCUACCUCCGGUGAUGGUCUCUACGAGGGUCUAGAGUGGCUGGCCAACAACAUCAAGCGACGGGGAAUGUAAGGUUCGAUGGUGGGGUCAGUGUGCAUCUGACACAUUCCUUAUGACCUUGUAUGACACACUUUCCGCUGAACUGCUGCUUGCACCCCAGUUCCUUUGGUUUUCCUCUGAUCUUGAUAUGCGAAUUAUGCAGCUAGUAAGGAUGCGAUAAUUGCAGCUCUUUUGUAAGUUCACCCAUAGAAAUUUUAAUACCUCCAUGACUGCGUUUCCAUCCGAGAUCUUGUGCAACUACUGCUUUACGCGGUUGUCGAAAUCUGAAGCCUGAGCCUGACCGACAAAUGUCGGAUACUUUGUCUUCGUUGUCCCCUGCAAGUUCCUAACACUAAUGUGAAUUAUUUGAACCGGUACACUCAAGGGUAUGGGUCUGCCUGGAGACUGCACGUAAU